AUGGAGAAGGUCUCUUUGCUCUCUGAUCCUGCGAUAUUCUCCCCGCAACAGGCACAAAGAGCGGUGCGGCAAAUUACCAUCGCCAUCUCAGCCAUCUCAGCCAUCAUUGACGGAGUAAACCUCGAUAAAACAACUAGAGUCGGCCAGGUUGAACUAGUCUCCGAAGAGGAGAGACAGCAAAUCUGCCAGUGGAACUGGACAAAUUUUCAUGGUGUAGGGGCCUUUGAUACACACAGUCUUCUUCGACCAGAAACGACAAUUCAUGCACUGGUCACCUCUCAGGCUUCCCGCAACCCCAAAGCCCUAGCUGUGGAUGCGUGGGACGGACGACUCUCCUACGAAGAGGUUGAUGCCCACGCAACAGCGCUGGCCCAGAAUCUGCUGCGGCAAGGCCACCAAAAGGGACGGAUCGUUCCUCUCUGCUUUGAAAAGUCGCGCUGGACGGUGGUCGCCGCCCUAGCGACGCUGAAAGCUGGCGGAGUGGUCACUUUCAUGGAUCCAUCCUACCCCGAUGCUCGACUGCAGGCGAUUGUACAGGCGAGCAGCUCGACGACCGUGUUAGUCGCCGCUUCGCAUGCGGGUCGAUUCUUGGGCAAAGUCGCUCGGACGAUCGCGGUCUCGACGGAGACACAGCAGGACUUGAUCAACAUGCAGGCUUCAUAUCCGCUGUUGUCGCUCCCUACUACCACCUCCGCAGAUGCGGCAUUCAUUCUCUUUACAUCGGGCAGCACCGGAGUUCCCAAAGGGAUCAUUCAGAGUCACCGCGCAGCAAGCCAUACAGCCAUCAGUUCUGCGCGCCGCUUGAAUUUAACCCCGAGCUCUCGCGUGCUCCAGUUCUCGGGGUACGCCUUCGAUGUGAAUGUGAUCGAGACAUGCAUGGCGCUGUGUGCGGGCGCCUGCCUGUGUGUACCAUCGGAGCACGACCGGCUGAACCGGCUCUCCCAAAGCGCUGCCGGCAUGCGAGUCGAUUUCGCCUACUUAACCCCAUCGACCGCUCGAAUUCUCGACCCGAGCGAGUUGCCCAGUCUCCAAACCGUUGUUCUGGUCGGGGAACCAGUGCCGCAAGACGUGUAUCAGCGCUGGAUGGACCAUCCGGUCCGACUGAUGAACGGAUAUGGCCCGGCAGAGUGUUCCUUGUGUGCCGUCUGCGACUUUGGGUCCACUCCAGUCCAGAAUGCCAUUGGGACCCCCUUAGACAUGACCUGCUGGAUUGCAGACCGCGACGAGCCCGACCACCUGGCACCUUUGGGGGUGGUCGGCGAGCUGCACUUUUCGGGGCCUCUGCUGGCGGACGGCUAUCUCAAUGACGAGGAACGAACGCACCAACGAUUUGUCCAAGAUCUAACCUACAUGGAUCAUGUGUCCCCGCCAGCCUUGAUGGCUAACGGCGGCCGUCGGGUGUUUCGCACCGGUGACCUGGCUCGCUACAACGAGGAUGGUACCCUGAUCUUUGUCGGCCGAGCCGACACGAUGGUCAAACUCCGGGGCCAACGCAUUGAACUGGCGGAAGUCGAGCAUCAUUUAUCCCAAUGUUUCGGAGACCGAUUGCGGUGGGUGGUGGACGUCGUUAUCCCGGCCGGUAAUCGAGAUCAGCAGCCACUGUUGACGGCAUUCGUCGCCGCAGCGGCGACUGACGGCGUUUCCUGCCCGCAGGAAGUUCAUUUCCUCCAGAAUCAGGAGACGGACUCACUCCCCUCAUUGGAAGCAGUCAGGUCGGCGUUGUCUGCAAGGCUGCCCCCUUACAUGGUUCCUCAAAUCCUCCUCCCUCUUACCCAGCUGCCGAUGACCGCCACCCAGAAGAGAGACCGCAAGCGACUGAAGGAGUUGGGAUCUAGUCUCACUAUGAAAGAGAUAUCCGCCCUUAUGAGUGCGGAAAACGCGUGCCAAGGACAAGGAACGCAGUCAAGGCCACAUACCCCGCCGCGGACUGCAUCCGAGAGUCUGCUGCAGCAGCUGUGGGCGGCGGUCCUGGGUAUUGACGUGGGUGAGAUCGGGGUUGAAGACAACUUUUUCUUUCUGGGAGCCGACUCGGUGAGCGUCAUGCGGCUGGCUGCUUUGGCCCUGCAGAAGGGUCAGCAGCUCCUGGCGUCUGAUAUCACGCAAUAUCCUGUCCUGGAGUCGAUGAGCCAGUUCAUGUCGCCGGCUCCCUCCCACACUACGCGGCAUCCGUGUCAUAUGAUGGAGACGUUCAAUGGAGGUGUAGAUGCGCCUCUUAGUCACAUUUUGCAGACUCUGGAGGUUCCAAGCGACGAGGUGGUCAACGCGUAUCCCUGCACUCCCUUUCAAGAAGGGCUGUUGGCCGUUGCCGCCUUACACCCCCACUCGUAUAGGGCUAGGUUCGCGUUCCGGCUGCCCAGCUCCGCAGUGCCAGCUGCGGUCGAUGCCGCCUGGCAAGCCGUUCUCAGCAAGAAUGAGAUCCUCCGUACGACGUUCCUGCGGUUCCCCUCCGGAGAAAUAGCCCAGAUAGUGCGGAAGACCGGAAGGGCACUGGAAAUCUACCCUUCUUGGGCAGCAUACAGCCGAAGGAGGGAGGAGAGUCCCUUGAAGGUCACCAUGCGGGAAAGCGGCAGGAUUGACGUCCCCACUCUUCGCGAUGUCGCUCCGAUGUCGCGGUUCGUGGAAUACAUAACGAGACUCGAUAGGAAGGCUGCUCUAGACUACUGGAAAUCGCUCCUAGCUGGGUCUGAGGCAACUUCCUUCCCUUCGCUGCCGUCUGGGGUAUACAGCGCUAAGACAAAUGAGACGAUCCGGCUGACCGUCCCAUUGCCGGCCGCCACGAACAACCUUCAGCGAUCCUCUGAGAUCCAGCUGGCCUGGGCGCUUGCUGUCACACAAUAUACAGGCAAUCCGGACGUAACCUUCGGUCUCACGGUCAACGGGCGCUAUGCCCCGCUGCCCGAGAUUAUGGACAUUGCAGGCCCGACCAUCUGUGCCGUGCCAGUCCGCAUUCAAAUCGGCCCACAGCGUACGCUGGAGGAUGCGCUGCAGGACCUUCAAGACCAAUCGGCCGGGAGGGUCCCCUUUGAACAAAUUGGAUUAUCGGCCAUCGCACAAACCAGCGAGGAUGCUGCCACCGCAUGCGGGUUCCAGACAUUGAUGGUUAUACAGCCCGCGGAAGAGGCAAUCAAGAGGGCAUAUGCGGGCUUGGGGACCCUGGAAGAGAGCCUAUCUGAGUAUGACGAGUCGCAGCCAUAUGCCCUUACCCUGGAGUGUACGAGGCAAGCCGAGGCUAUAGAAAUUCAUGCUCGUUAUGACAAAGGGGUGGUUCCACCCGAAGAAAUGCUGGGAGUUUUGCAAACUUUUCGCAGCAACCUCCAGGCUGUCGCAAACAGCGCAGCGCCAUUGAACGCUUUCAUCCUGAGUACAUUCGGACACCCUGCACCCGAGCACGUGCAGCUUCUUCGCCAGUGGAAUGGCGAUGAGCCGCCAAGGUAUGACAGAUUGAUACACGACCUGAUCGAGGAUACGGCUCGCGCUCAUCCAGACAUGCCAGCAGUCGAGGCAUGGGACGGAAAUUUCAGCUAUACGCAGCUAAAUCGGUACGCAAAUGGUGUUGCUCAAACCCUGCGCAAUGCCAUGCCUCCAAUGGGGCCUGUUCGGCGCCUGAUAGUGCCAGUGUGCUUCGAAAAAUCCGCAUGGACGGUCGUGGCCAUGUUGGGUAUUCUCAAGGCAGGCCAUGCCUUUUGUAUGCUGGAUCCUCAACAUCCGCUCCCACGACUGCAGUCCAUCGUACAAGAUGUCGAUGCGCAAUUUGUUCUAUCUUCGCCUCUUCAUGAGUCGCUGGCGCUGUCUCUCUGCCCGAAUGUGAUCGUUCUACGUCCGGAGCAUGCCAUUAUCGGAUCUUCAAACGUUCUUUUUCAGCACCAAAGAGCCCAGAUAUGUCAACCCUCUGACCCCGCGUAUGUGAUCUUCUCCAGCGGCUCGACUGGGACUCCGAAGGGGGUGCUGAUAACUCAUUCUGCAUUCGCGUCGAGUGGGAUCGCCCACCAGCGCGGGUUCCACAUCGACUGGGCCUCGCGCGUCUUGCAGUUCGCGUCCUACGCCUUUGAUGCCUGUCUGGUAGAGAUCCUCACCCCGCUGAUUGCGGGCGGCUGUGUAUGUGUGCUCUCUGACCAGCAGCGAAUGAAUGAACUGACCUCGGCUACGACGGCGCUGCGCGCUACCGUCGCCUUCUUCACGCCAUCCUUGCUCCGCAACUUUGUUCCCGCAGAUUUGCCGUCACUCAAGACCAUUAUUCUCAAUGGAGAGGCAGUGGAUGGCCCGGUGGUUGCGACAUGGGCUCCGCACUGUACGCUUGUGAACGGGUAUGGCCCGUGUGAAUGCUCGGUGGUUUGUGCGAUCAACCCGGCGGUCGAUUCCAACACGCAACCGGGCAACAUCGGCCAUUCAGUGGGCGGGACCUGCUGGGUCGUGAACCCGCAAGACCAUCACAGUCUCGUUCCCAUCGGCGCCGUCGGGGAAUUGGUCGUGGAAGGCCCCAUUGUGGGCUCGGGCUAUCUCAAGAGACCCGAGCUGACGGCGGGACUGUUCAUCAAGGCUCCCCGGUGGCUGAGGGAAUUUCGAAACACCUCGCCUUUGUCCAACGCCCAUCUGUAUAAGACUGGUGAUCUCGUGCGUCAAGAAUUCGAUGGGUCCAUGGUAUAUGUGGGACGCAAGGACACCCAAGUGAAGAUCCGCGGACAGCGGGUAGAGCUGCAAGAGAUUGAGACGAGAAUCAUCACACUCCUGGGACCUGAAAGCACUGGGGCACAGGUGAUCGUUGAGGCCAUCAAGCCACCUGAGGCGCAAGCUGGCGCAGCCGUAUGCCUGGUGGCAUUUAUACAAUAUAAUCCUGGAGCGAAAAAGGAGAACAUACUGCAGUCGACUGACAUUAUUGAGCCUAUGCCCGAGUUGACCUGGUUCGAUCUCGUCCGGCAAAUCAAGAACGAUCUUCAACAAACCCUUCCAGCGUACAUGAUUCCUUCCCACUUCGUGCCUCUGGUGCGCGUGCCCCUGAUGGUGUCCAAAAAGGUUGAUCGAAGACGAUUGCGAGAGUGCUUCCAGAAGCUUUCUGCCGACGCCCAAAGUCAAUUGACCGGCCGGUCGAAUAGUUCUCGAUUCUCGAACAAGCAGCUCCAACCAUGGAGUCCCAUAGGCCAAGCCCUGCGCGACAUCUGGGCGGAAACGCUGCGCAUCACGGCCGAUGAUGUGGGCCCGGAUGACAACUUCUUCGGCCUCGGGGGAGAUUCCAUUCGUGCAAUGAAGCUGGUGGGAAUUGCGCGGAGAGAAGGCUUCGAGCUGUCGGUUCCCCAGCUGCUA